GAGCUACAGCCAUGGAAGAAUUUCAGCUCCCUAUUCAUCAGGAGACUCUGUCUAACGCCCUCUCCAUGGUGGAAGCGAAACCGCUGCAUUAUUUUAGCAACGUGCUGCUCAAUGUCGCCGUAGUGGGUGAGCCGGGCUCGGGGAAGUCCUCCUUCAUCAACAACAUGCUGGGCAAACGUGCAGAUAAGCCGGGCGCCGCUCAGACUGGCAUCCAGACGAUGAAGGCCAGGGGUUACCCGCAUCCAUCACUUCCGCAGGUCAUCCUCUGGGACCUGCCUGGGAGAGAACACUCUGCUCUCGGCUCCUGCACCAAUCAGGUGGAUCUGAACCGCUUUGACUUCUUCAUCAUUGUUGCCUACCAGCACUUCCAGACUGUCCACGCUGACCUCGUCCAUGAGAUCCAGGCGAUGGGCAAGAUGUUCUAUUUUGUGCGGGCCAAAACAGACCUCGACCUGGAGGCGUCCCGGAAACAGCAACCGUCGGGCUAUGACGAUGAGAAGGUCCUCCAGUGCAUCAAAGAGGACUGCAUGAUGGCCUUGCUGAAAGAAAGCGUGAUCGACCCCCAAGUCUUCCUGGUGUCCAACUUGGACCCCUGGAGCAUGGACUUCCCCCUCCUGUUGAAGACGCUGGAGAGCGACCUCUUGUGGCUGAAGAGGCAAGCUUUCAUUUUCAGCCUGCCUUACUUCUCCGCACCUGUCUUAGAGAGCAAGAAGGCCCUGAUGGAGGGGAAGAUUAUGCUCAAAGCCCUUCACCUGGGGUUUUUAGGUUUGCAGCCUGUGCCAGGGUUCUCGUUCGUGGUUGCCAUGUUCUUCUUUUUGAAGUUCCGCACACAGUGCUACCAAGUCUUUGGCCUGGACGACACGGUGCUCACAGUUCUGGCGAAGGUUGUUGAGAAGCCGGUGGCGGUCCUUUGGGCGGCGAUGGCGUCCAGAGCGCUCCUGCCCGUGAUUCUUUGGAGGCUUCUCGACCUCGUGGGAGCCAUUGUGAUGGUCCUGGAAUAUUGUUGGUUGAAUUGCUUCCCGUUCAUUGGCUGCUGGGUGUCAGGUUGCAGUUCGGUUUUUACCAGCUACUACAUGCUGCAUAGAUGUCUAAGGAACGUUGCCAACGAUACCCAAAACGUCCUCUCCAGAGCUCUGGAAGAUCCGUUGUAUACCGCCAAGCUCUACACUACAGUCCCAUCCGCUACAGUCCUACAGACAGAGAUUUCCACCUGAUUUCUACCACAAACCUUUCUGAGGUUGCUUUCCAAAUUGAUUCACUCUAAAAGCCAUUUGAACAAUGAUUGUAAAUGUCAGUUCCUUUUGAAUGAUUUGACUCCUGAAAUUACUGUUGUAGUUGCUCAAUUUCUAGUGGAAGAAAAUUCUAUAUAGUGUUGUUUCUGGUUCUCC